UCCAGGCCAGCAGGUGGCGGGACGCGCGCUGACAGAAGCGGAAGUGAUAAACAUCCAAACUCGUUCAGUCCUCCACGUGUGAGAGCAGAGCAGUCACAUUGGCAGGUCCGCAGCUUCACCAUGAAACGACCGAAGUUAAAGAAAGCAAGUAAGCGGCUCUCCUGCUCCAAGCGGUAUAAGAUCCAGAAAAAGGUCCGUGAUCACCACAAAAAGCUCAGAAGAGAGGCGAAGAAGAAAGGAGUGAGCAAACGCGUGAAGAAGGACCCCGGUGUGCCCAGCAGUGCUCCCUUCAAAGAGGAGGUCCUGAGGGAGGCAGAGCAGAGGAGGCUACAGAUUGAAGAAGAAAAACAAAAAAAAUUACAAGCUAAAAAAGAGGAGCGAGCCCAGAAGAGGAAAAAAGAGAGAGAUGCUGCAAGUAAAGAAAAAGAUCCCAAGGCCAAGAAGGCUCGUCAGGAAGAGGUUCCAAAGAAACGGGCCGCCCCAGACAGGAGCUCAAAGCGGUACCUUUGCUCCGAAUUAAACAAGGUGAUUGAUGCCUCUGAUGUAGUGGUUGAAGUCCUUGAUGCUCGUGAUCCACUGGGGUGCAGGUGUCCACAGCUGGAGGAGGCGGUGCUGCAGAGGGAAGGCAACAAGAAACUAAUUUUGCUUUUAAACAAAAUAGAUCUGGUACCAAAGGAAAAUGUGGAGAGAUGGAUACAGUGUUUACAACGAGAGUUUCCAGUUGUGGCGUUCAAAGCAUCAACACAGAUCAAGGACAGAACAGUGGUGCAAGCCAAGAAGAGCAGGAUAGUGGCCUCCAAUGAGAUCAUGGACAAAUCCAGAGGAGCAGCCUGCUUCGGAAAUACUUGUCUCACUGAGCUCCUUACAAGUUUGGCUGCUAACACGCAGAAUGAAGCUUCACUCAGAGUGGGCAUAGUUGGUUUUCCCAAUGUGGGGAAGAGCAGUCUCAUUAACAGUAUGAAGGGGAUCCUUGCAUGCAAUGCCGGUGUCAAGAGAGGCAUCACAAAAUCCAUGCAGGAUGUGCACAUCUCAAAGACUGUGAAACUAAUAGACAGCCCGGGAGUCGUGGCCUCACCGUCCAACCCACCGGCCUCUAUGGCACUGAGGAGCCUGCAGGUGGAGGAAGGACAGGAGAGCGUGCUGGAGGUUGUCAGGACUCUGCUCAAGCAGUGUGACAAGACUCAGAUCAUGCUUCAGUACAAUGUCCCAGAUUUCAGGAACUCUGUGGAGUUUUUAAACUUGUUUGCCAAGAAGCGUGGCUAUUUGCAGAAGGGUGGAGUCCCUAACACACAGCAGGCAGCCACAACUUUCCUUGACGAUUGGACAGGAGCCAAGCUAAGCUAUCACUGUAAGGUGCAGGAGAACCGCAGCCUCCCCGCCUACAUGUCUGAAGCCGUGGUCGCUGAGAUGCAGAACGGCUGGGACCUCAAUAAACUGAAAACUGGCAACAAGGAGACUCUGAAAGAGGUCAGAUUCCCAAACCAGGCCAGCAGUAUAGGUUUCACCUCUAAUGGCCCAACUGCAGGCCUGUUGAGUGUCUGUGACAUCCCUGAAGAAAAAUCUGGUGCUGCAGAGAAAGAAGCAGAGCAGAAUGACGAAAAUGAUGAGCCUGAACAAAUCACUGAGGAGACAAAUGAAAAGGAAGAACCAGAGGAACCACAGAAAGCAUCUCUCAAAAAAAAAACGGGCCAUGUGCAGUUCAAGUCUAUCCCCACUGACAUUGGCAUCUCUACAGAUGACGCCUAUGACUUCAACACAGAUUUCAAAUAGCCUUGGCUUUCACGUGGUUUCUAAACUUGUGCUCACAUGGUCUGAUGGACCCGCAGACCUGGAUUUGUCAAUAUGCAUGAACAUAUUGAUGUAAAGAAUCACUGUCUGCCAAAGUUGAAUCAGAAUCACAGUUGAAAGGGGCUGCCAAGUUUGUUUUCACCCUUCUUCAAACUUUGACUCUGGAGGACAGUUUGCAGACUUUGUCCUUGACUACAUUUCAGCUGAUAACUCCAUUGAAUUUGUAUGUCAAGGACUAAUCUCUGCCCAGGAAAUGAACCUCCUCUGUAAAGUGAUCAAAGGUUUGUGUGUGUAUAUAUAUUAUAUAUCCACUGACUUCUCUUGGAUGUUGUCGGUGAGUUUUAAAUGUCCAGAGGUCAUUUGUAAUUGUGUUCAUGCAGAAUACUGUAUAUAGACAACUUACUAUAAAUGUAAUAAACCCUCUACAAAGUCUCAA